AUGACGGCUGUGUCAGUACGUUAUGUACCAUUUUUUUUCUUAAUAGAAAAGAAUAACCGAAAAAUAAGUCCACCAUGGGACAUCCCUCCAUUAAACGGAAGUUCAAUUGACAUUCAUCCAAAUGCUCGAUGGCAACAGAAUGGUAUCACUGUAGCUGGAGGAAAUCGACAAGGCAAUGGAAUCAAUCAACUCUCAAACCCAUUGGGUUUGUAUGUUGAUGAUGAUCAAACAAUCUAUGUUGCUGAUCAAUCGAAUCACCGUAUUGUGGAAUGGAAAUGGGGUGCAAUGAGUUGCCACGUGGUUGCCGGUGGAAAUGGACCAGGAAGUGGGGAUCAUCAAUUAUCUAACCCACAAGAUGUGAUUGUCGACAAAGAGAGAGAUAGUCUCAUCAUCUCCGAUCGUGAGAAUAGAAGAGUGGUUCGAUGGCCUCGUCGAAAUGGAACAAGUGGAGAAACAAUCAUCUCCAACAUCUAUUGUUUGGGUUUGACAAUGGAUGAGAAUGGAUUUCUCUAUGUCUCUGACUUUGAAAAACAUGAAGUGAGACGAUAUCGAAGAGGAGAAUCUCAAGGAAUAGUGGUUGCAGGUGGCAAUGGAAAUGGAAAUCGUCUUGAUCAACUCUCUAUCCCACGAUACGUAUUCGUCGAUCGAGAUCAUUCAGUAUAUGUGUCUGAAUGGGGAAACGAUCGUGUGAUGAAAUGGAUGGGAGGUGCAAAACAAGGCAUUGUUGUGGUUGGUGGUCAAGGAAAAGGAAAUGGUCUUACACAAUUGUCAGAUCCUCGAGGAGUCGUUGUCGACCAAUUGGGCACUGUCUAUGUGGCUGAUCUAGGGAAUAAUCGAAUCAUGCGUUGGCCCAAAGGAGCCACACAGGGAAGUAUCAUUGUUGGUGGAAACGGUAGAGGAGGACAAUCGAAUCAACUCCAUUGGCCCAUCGAUUUGUCAUUCGAUCGAGACGGCAAUCUCUAUGUCGUUGAUAACCAAAAUCAUCGAGUACAAAAAUUCAAUAUCGAUUCAAACAAAUAAACAAAAUAAGGUCAAUAUUCAUCAUAAAGACUUAAUUAACUAUUUCCAAUUAAUCAAUUAAUUAAAUAAUCACGAAGCGGGUGUGGGUGUGGGUGGGUGUGGUGGUGGCGUGGGGUGUGGGUGUGGGUGGGUGUGGGGUGUGGUGGUGUGGGGUGUGGUGGUGUGGGUGGGUGUGGGUGGGUGUGGGGUGUGGUGGUAUGGGUGUGGGUGUGGGUUUGAGUGUGGGUGUGGGUUUGGGUGUGGGUUUGGGUGUGGGUAUAGAUCUGUUAUUCACUCACACCCACACCCACACCCACACCCACACCAACACCCACAUCCACACCCUCUAAAAUGUUCCCGAUAUUUCGUCCUUGGAAAAAAUGUCCUUCGUCGAAAUGUCCUUCGAUAAAAUGUCCUUGCAAAAUGUUUCCUUAGUAUAAAAAUGAACAUUUUAAGAAUGAAAGACAUUUUUUUGAAGAAUAUUUUAACGAGGAACAUUUUUCCGGAGGACAUUUUUUCGAAAGACAAAAUAUCGCGGAUAUUUUUGAAAGGACAUUUUUCCAGGGACACUUUAGACUGUUACCAAAAAUCGGCUCAUCCGUGAAGUGUCAAGAUUUUCACAUAUCAACUCGAAUAAAGAAAAUAUAGAUGGGAGUCGAUGUUCUCAUCAUUCUCCAGUUGUAUUACUAAUUCUAUUCGAUUGUAAUUAAGCUUAUGCAGUAGAGCUAAUUAUGAAAUGUGCAAUGAAAGCCAAAUAUAAUUAAAAUAAGGAAGUUAUUGACCAUGGAUAAAUUCGAUAGAUGUAAAAGAUAUGUGUAAAUAGACGAACAAUAUAGUAUACUCAAAUAUUCCUGCGUUGGAGUGGAGCGUACACAUCACCACAAGUAUAAAUUUGCAAUAUGAGUGCUACACACAUACAAUCACCUGUAGUUCUACAAAGACAAAAAUUUAACAAUGCGAGACUCAAAGUGAUUUCAUCAACGACAACAAACAACUUAGGUGAAACUAC